GCCAGACGGAGCCCGGACGGACCCGGAGGAAGAUCCGAGUGUUUGCGGCCGUGCUGCCCCACCCCUGGUCCCGGCGCGCGUAGAGGGGCCCGGCCGGGCUGCAGCGAGGGUCCCAGGAGGUUGAAAGCUAAGCAUGGGGAAGAGCUGCAAGGUGGUCGUGUGCGGCCAGGCUUCUGUGGGCAAAACUUCAAUCCUGGAGCAGCUUCUGUACGGAAACCACAUAGUGGGUGAGUGUUGCCGGGCGUGAGGCGUGGUGGAGGAAGUGGAAGAAUGAGGAGAGGAUUUGAUCACGACACGAAAAGGCUAAAGUUCGCUCCUGCUGGUCAUUGCACCGAAAGAUCCCAGCUCUACAACACUGAGGACAUCUGGAAAGAGAAAACCCAAUGUCCGAGAUAGGAAGGAAAAACUUCCGCGUCACACUGUGUUUAGCAAGGUUCUGAGAUGAUUGAGACGCAGGAGGACAUCUACGUGGGCUCCAUUGAGACUGACCGGGGGGUGCGGGAGCAGGUGCGUUUCUACGACACCCGGGGGCUCCGAGAUGGGGCUGAGUUGCCCCGGCACUGCUUCUCCUGCACUGAUGGCUAUGUCCUGGUCUACAGCACGGACAGCCGAGAGUCCUUUCAGCGCGUGGAGCUGCUCAAGAAGGAGAUUGACAAAUCCAAAGACAAGAAGGAGGUCACCAUCGUGGUCCUCGGCAACAAGUGUGACCUGCAGGAGCAGCGGCGUGUAGACCCGGAUGUGGCCCAGCACUGGGCCAAGUCGGAGAAGGUGAAGCUGUGGGAGGUGUCGGUGGCUGACCGCCGCUCACUGCUGGAGCCCUUCGUCUACCUGGCCAGCAAGAUGACCCAGCCCCAGAGCAAGUCUGCCUUCCCCCUCAGCCGCAAGAACAAGGGCAGCGGCUCCUUGGAUGGCUGAAGAGCUGCCUUGCCAGCCCUGGAAGAUGGGUUGAGGGGAAAGGGAGGGGGGGUUUUAGGCAAGCUGUCCUUCCCAGUCAAGGGGGGAGCUCCCCACUAGGCCAGGCAGCUGGGCUGUCCCAGGCUCAGGUCACUUUUGCUCCCUCCCAACUCUGGGAAAUGCAAAUAGUCUAGGUUAGCGGCCCCCAAGCCCCCCAGCCCCCAUCCUGCUGUAUCCUAACAGCAAUGGAAAGCCAUUGAUAGGAUUUAUGCCAGCGAAGUGACAUGAUCAGUUUUUGCUUUUAAGCAGGUCUAGGGUGGUUUUGGAUCUCUGUCCCUUCUACCAGCCCUGGACAGAAAGCAGAGCUGUGUGUGGAAGCGCCCAGUCUAGGGUCUGAUUCCUAUCGCAGGGGUCUUACACCUCCGGGUUUCCUGCCAAUCUCACACACACACACUCACACGCUUACGGCACCAGCCUGGACUCUAGAGAAAGGGCAUCCAGGUAUCUCGUUUGUGUGUGUGUGUGUGUGUAGAUGUGCACACGUAUGUGUGCUGGUGUUCGGGGCGCCUCCUCAUCCAACACCCUGACCUCUCUCCUGUCCUCUCCUGGGCUGAAAGAAGCUAGCCUCCUGGGAGCAUAAUUUUCUGUUUCAACUCUUCCUCCAGCUGCUUUGCUUCCUCUUCCUGCUCAGGGAGCAUUUCCUUGGUUGAGGUGGAAUGGAAUGCCGACUGGGCUGGGAGUCACCAGCUGGCUUUGUGGCCCUGCGAGGCCUUUCCCCUCUCGGGGCUUCAGUCUUCUCAUCUGUAAGGUGACGGCAGUUGCUUAGAUGAUCUAGAUCCUCUCCAGCCCUGUGUGGGUUGUAUACUGCCCAUGGUUGGGCUGGCUGCGACUGUUCCCUUAGCUUCUCCCCUUUCAAGGUGCUAUGCCUACGGCCCUGGAGGCUGGGACACUGCUCCCCGCCCCCCAACCACCAGGGGGCAGGAGUGCACUACCCACUCUAGUUGCCAGAGUGGCUGCCCAGUGCCCGAUCAGCGGACCUCACAGCCCUGGGGACUGGUCGUCACCCUUUCCUAUGGUUGUUUUCAGCUGAAAGCUGGACUUCUAUUUAUGAAUUACCUGUGUUUAUCUGCCUGCCACCAUGAUGGAGGCUGGGCAAGGUGCUCGUCUAGCCCUCCCUUCUUACCUCAGAUGCCUGAACAGAAUAAAGCCGACCAAUAGCAGCUUCUCAGGAGCUGCCAGAUCUCUGAGGGCUCAGAAGGGUGGUUACGCUUCCAACACGCUGUAAAGUGAGCUGGUAACCCACAACUUCCCGUGCCCACUUCGUGCUUCUGAUGUACACACCUAGCAUAGGUGAAGACACUACAGCCAGGUGACCUCCAGUACACGCCCCUUCUCCCCAAGAUGGGAGAGGUGAGCAGGGUCAGGUGGCCCAGGCUGGGCAAGUUAGGGCGUGUACAGGCUUGGGCUUAAAUUGAUUUAUUGAUGCGUUGGACACAAUAAAACCACAACUGUUAUCAAAAAGUUUCCCACCCUCCCCCCUUUUUCUUGUUCUCCCAUUGGAAACAGCUUUAAAAAAGAAAAAAGAUACAGGUGGAUACUGGCAAAGUCCCAUAUUGUGGGGUGAGGGUGGCAGUGCUGCUGGGGUGGGAUGGAGGUCAUGACAUUAAUUUUGACAGCAUGAAAACGGGUCUUGACAGUGGCUCCGAGUGGAUCCCAAUACUCAGAGUCACAGUGAGGGGGCCUUCGGAUGCUCGUGGGGGAAGGGAAAGCUGAACUGAGCGCUGGGGGCCAGUUUGGGGUGAGGAGCUGGAAGGGAAAGCUCUUUGUUUGGGAGCCCUGGGGAGAUUCAGUGUUAGCUGGGUCCAUAGUCUGAGGGAGACCCAGUGUCACCCCCCUUCC